AUAAUUUUAGUUUAUGGAUAGUUGUACUGUCUUGUCCACAUCAUUCACGAACUAUUAGAAGUGUAUGUAGCUUAUGAUCUGUAAAUAAUACAUGUAGUUAUGUGUUUAUCUGCUUUAUGCGUAUUGUUAUUUCAUUAGGAGACCAUUCAGCGUCCAGAGAUAGAGAUAUUAGGGCUUCCCAACAUCAUUAAGCUGAUGAACACUCGCGGGGUAGUGUGAGACCAAGCACGAGUAAGAGGGAGCGAGGGUGAAAGAAAGAAAAAAAGAAAAAAAAAGAAAAAAAAUACAUACAAAAAAAAAAAAAAAAGCACGCAAUCUUCGCCUUUGUUGUCAUGCGAAUAGGCAAACAAAUGAAUGGCGUCUGGACUGCAUGACUUCCUGUUCCCUUUAGAAUAUAGUCAAUAGACACACUCCUCUCCCAGUGUAUUCUGAACCACGAGACUGAAAGGUGGCGCUGGCAGAAACUCCUUAUGGAUAGCAGACAGCAGGAAGAUGUAGGAGGAGGAGGAGGCGCAGGAGAAGGAGUAGGAGUAGGAGUAGAAGGAACAGGAGCAAGAGUAGGACAAAGAGGAAGUGACAUAGAGGAAGAAAUCGAGGCGUUGGCUCUCUCGCUUCUGCAACUUCAAGCAAAUAGCGACGUGUUUUUUCUCCUCGUGAUGGGAAUGAUCGUUUUCUUUAUGCAAUGCGGAUUUGCGUUUUUGGAAGCGGGUGCUGUGAGGUCCAAAAACACGAUCAAUAUCCUUGUUAAGAAUAUGCUGGACGUUUUCAUCGGCGGCAUAUCCUACUGGCUGGUUGGCUACCCUCUGGCCUUCGGUGAGGGUAAUGCCUUCUGCGGCGCCUCCUACUGGGCAUCGUCAGGUCUUCCCGAGGACCGCCUUGCUCACUGGUUCUUCCACAUCGUCUUCUCCGCCACCGCUGCUACCAUUGUCUCCGGGGCCGUGGCGGAGAGGUGCGACCUAAGCGCCUACAUUGCGUACUCCGUGGCUCUGACAGGCAUAGUGUACCCCAUCGUCAGCCACUGGGCCUGGGCACCGAACGGCUGGCUCGUGUCCCUCGGUUACCGGGACUUCGCAGGCUCCGGUGUCGUCCACGUGACAGGGGGCGUGGCAGCUCUGGUGGGGGCGGCCCUGCUAGGUCCUCGCCACGCCUCCUUCGGCAAAGGCAGGCGGGUCAUUCGAGGUCAUUCGUUGCCGCUAACAGCUCUCGGAGGCUUCAUCAUCCUCUUCGGUUUCCUGGCAUUCACCUGCGGGUCACAGGGCACCAUCACGCGAGACGGAGAUGCACAGGUAAGAAACGUAAUUGGGAAGUUUGUCAGAAACGUAAUUGGGAAGUUUGUAAGAAACGUAAUUGGGAAGUUUGUCAGAAACGUAAUUGGGAGGUUUGUAAGAAACACAAUUGGGAAGUUUGUAAGGAACGUAAUUGGGAAGUUUGUCAGAAACGUAACUGGGAAGUUUGUAAGAAACGUAAUUGGGAAGUUUGUAAGGAACGUAAUUGGGAAGUUUGUAAGAAACGUAAUUGGGAAGUUUGUAAGGAACGUAAUUGGGAAGUUUGUCAGAAACGUAAUUGGGAAGUUUGUAAGAAACGAUAUUGGGAAGUGUGUAAGAAACGUAAUUGGGAAGUUUGUAAGGAACGUAAUUGGGAAGUUUGUAAGAAACGUAAUUGGGAAGUUUGUAAGGAACGUAAUUGGGAAGUUUGUCAGAAACGUAAUUGGGAAGUUUGUAAGAAACGUAAUUGGGAAGUUUGUAAGAAACACAAUUGAGAAGUUUGUAAGGAACGUAAUUGGGAAGUUUGUCAGAAUCGUAAUUGGGAAGUUUUUAAGAAACACAAUUGGGAAGUUUGUAAGAAGCGUAGUGGGGAGAGCCGUCUUUAAUACCGCGCUCGCAGGCUGUUCGGGCGGAGUCUGCGCUCUGCUUCUGCACAGGGCGGGUCUUCGGCGCUCGCGGGCUUGGUCGUUCCUCAUGGCGCUCAAUGGGGCCAUGACGGGUAUGGUAUCGAGCUGCGCCGGCUGCAACGCCCUCCGUCCGUGGGCGUCGUGUCUCACGGGCGUCGCGGCCGGACUGGUCUUCUUCGCCGGCCACCAUCUCCUGCUCCGGCUCAAUGUCGACGACCCUCUGGAUGCCGUUCCGGUCCAUCUCGGAGGAGGCCUCUGGGGUCUUGCAGCUGCGGCCCUUCUUCAGGAUGGCGGUCUGUUCUACGGCGGGUCGGCUGGUGUCCUGGUCUGGAAUGUCGUGGGGGGUCUCGCCAUCGUGUGCUGGUCUGGCGGGCUGAGUCUCGCGGUCUUCGGCGCCCUUAAACGUUCAGGGAAUUUGAGGGUGUCUUUGGCUGUGGAAGUUCGGGGUCUGGAUCUCGUCAAGCACGGGGAGGCAGCUUAUCCAUCAGAGGCUUGGGAAGAGUCGCAAUACUUCUGUCAUAUUUCAUCGGGCUCUGACCAUCGCGCCCGACCUCCGCCAUGGUUACCCAAAUACCCAACAUUCCCCCCCGCCCGCCGCCCACGUCCCCAGAGCCACAAUCACUACCAACGCCCACAGAAGGACGCCCACGAUGCACAGGGCGCCCACGAGGAGUCCUCUUCCGUCAGAGCGGAUGGGGGAGUCAGCAAGAGGGAAGGGUCAGGGGAGUGAGUGCAGGGUAUAAGGUUGAUUGUGUGAGGGUUGUAGAUACCUUUUUUUUUAUUGGGUGGGGUGGGG